AACCAGGGAGAAGAGGUACUGAAGACCGACCUAACCACUUGCAACGGACUCAUCGGCCCAAAGGCGUCCUUGAGGAGCACAGAACUCCAAAGAAGGAGUAGAAUAAGUAGCAGUUAGAGAAACCAGACCCGGUGGCAUCUCUAAGAGAUAGCAAUCAGGUUUAACAUGGAUCGCUGAAAGUACCUCUUUCUCCCACCGUCUGGACGGUCUGGGGAACUUGGCUUCUCUGACUGUCCUCCAGGACACAGAUUCACAGUUUACUCCACGAACUGCCAGUGACAGAGAGUUGUAAAUGGCAAAAACUUAUGUGAAAUCCAAGGACAUGGUAGAGCUGGUCAACACACCAUCCUGGAUGGACAAAGGUCUGGGUUCUCAAAACGAGAUGAAGGAGGAGGAGAGAAGACCAGAUGCCUAUGGGAUGCUUGGCAGCUUAACUGAAGAGCAUGACAGUAUUGAAGAAGAGGAAGAUGAGGAAGAAGACGGGGAGAAACCUAAGAGAAGGGGUCCCAAGAAAAAGAAAAUGACCAAAGCACGCCUUGAGAGAUUCAGGGCUCGAAGAGUCAAGGCCAAUGCUAGAGAACGGACUCGGAUGCAUGGCCUGAAUGAUGCCCUGGACAACCUGAGGAGAGUCAUGCCAUGCUACUCUAAAACUCAAAAGCUUUCCAAGAUAGAGACUCUUAGACUGGCCAGGAACUAUAUUUGGGCUUUAUCUGAAGUUCUGGAGACUGGCCAGACACCUGAAGGGAAGGGCUUUGUGGAGAUGCUCUGCAAAGGGCUCUCUCAGCCUACAAGCAACCUGGUGGCUGGAUGCCUCCAACUGGGCCCUCAAUCUGUCCUCCUGGAGAAGCAUGAGGAGAAAUCUCCUCUUUGUGAUUCUGCCAUAUCUGUCCACAACUUCAACUAUCAGUCUCCAGGCCUCCCCAGCCCUCCUUAUGGCCAUAUGGAAACACAUCUUCUUCAUCUCAAGCCUCAAGUAUUCAAGAGUUUGGGAGAAUCAUCCUUUGGGACCCAUCCACCUGACUGUGGUACACCCCCUUAUGAGGGCCCACUCACUCCACCCUUGAGCAUCAGUGGGAACUUCUCCUUGAAGCAAGAUGGCUCUCCUGACCUAGAAAAAUCCUACAGCUUCAUGCCACAUUACCCUUCUGCAAGUCUAACCUCAGGGCAUGUGCAGUCAACUUCCUUUCAGGCUGGUACCCCCCGCUAUGAUGUUCCCAUAGACAUGUCCUAUGACUCCUACCCCCACCAUGGCAUUGGGACCCAACUCAAUACAGUUUUCACUGAGUAGGGCAGUAAGAUCAUCAUUUCAGAGAAUGAUGUGGAGACAUUUCCCGUAAUUCAAGUAGUUGAGCUGAAGAUUCAAUGACCUUAAAGGAACCCUGUGGAUAUACAUCAAACACAAUAGACCUAGUCCAUUUAGGCCCUCCUUCACCUAUCACCUUCUUUUCUCAUCAACUUCUCACAUUGUAUUGAUUGUUUUAGAGGGUUCUCAAGUGAAACUAUAUGAUGACUUCUAACCUUAUGGAAAUGGA